GGGAGAGGAGGGGCUGAGCUGUGCUGCACCGUGCAGCGUCUCACCUCUGACUGAAGCCCAGCACCACCUCUCAUCUCACUAACUUGUCCCGCGCGAGGAUGGGUGCGUUCCCCUACAGCAGGAGCGGGUGAAAGUGCCAGAAGACGAAUGCUGUCUUACGGGAGAAGCCAUUGGUAACCGGAGUGUCUUUGGGCGUCGGUAAUGUUUUCAAUUGGUGACUGCAGAAAUUUCCCCAACGUGUCGGCGAGUCGACAGGCAGACCGCUGCUUUACUACUGGUGCGCUCUUGGAGAGGAAGAAUGGACACGCGAAUUGUUGCUUUUUUCCGCGGCUCAAAUAACAGUAUUUGAUUGCUGUCGUUUAGCCUAAUAACCUGAGACAGUUAUUGUCAGAAAGUCGCACAGGCGAAAACAGGAUUGAUUGAUUCAUUGAUUGCUGGUUUCGCUUGAGGAGGAAUUCAUGCGCCUAUAGCUUCCACGGGGCCAAUAUGCCAGAAUGGGUCCUCUACAGUAUUUAUUUCUCUGUGGACUUUUGUACACCCAAACCCACGGGUCUCGUCUACGCCAGGAAGACUCCCCUCCCCGCAUCGUGGAGCACCCCUCUGACCUCAUUGUGUCCAAAGGGGAACCAGCCACUCUCAACUGCAAGGCAGAGGGCCGCCCGACCCCUACGGUGGAAUGGUACAAGGACGGGGAGCGCGUCGAGACGGACCGCGACAACCCCCGCUCCCACCGCAUGCUGCUGCCCAGCGGCUCCCUCUUCUUCCUACGCAUCGUCCACGGACGCAGGAGCAAACCCGACGACGGCAGCUAUGUGUGCAUGGCCCGAAACUAUCUAGGGGAGGCCGUAAGCCGGAAUGCGUCUCUUGAAGUUGCAUUGUUACGCGAUGACUUCAGACAGAACCCGCAGGAUGCGGUGGUGGCAGUCGGGGAGACUGCCAGUCUGGAGUGUCAGGCUCCACGCGGGCACCCUGAACCAACCACCUUCUGGAGGAAGGAUAAAGCUCGUCUCGACCUCAAAGAUGACAGGAUCACGGUCCGUGGGUCAAAGUUGACCAUCACAAAUACAAAGAAGACCGAUGCUGGGAUUUAUGUUUGUGUGGCAGCUAAUAUGGUUGGAGAGAGAGAAAGUGAAAAAGCGCAGCUCUCAGUGUUUGAACGACCGGUGUUUGUGCAGCGGCCCGUGAACCAGGUGGUCUUGGUGGACGAGAGUGUAGAGUUCAGGUGUCAGGUCCACGGUGACCCUCCGCCCACACUGCGCUGGAAAAAGGAGGACGUGGAUAUUCCCCGCGGCAGAUAUGACAUCAGAUAUGAGAAGGAGGACUUCCUGCUGCGGAUCAAGAAAGCUUCAGUGAGCGAUCAGGGAACAUUCACCUGCCUGGCAGAGAACCGCGUGGGUAAAGUGGAGGCGUCUGCCUACCUGACUAUCAGAGAGGCACCCCAGUUUGUAGUGCGACCCCGUGACCAGAUUGUUUCGCAAGGUCGAACAGCUACAUUUCCGUGUGAGACCAGGGGAAAACCUCAACCCACUGUCUUCUGGCAACAAGAGGGUAGCCAGGAUCUUCUGUUUCCCAACCAGCCGACACAGGGCGACAGCCGUGUUUCCGUGUCCACGGAUGGAGAGUUGACUAUUUCAUCUGUGCAGCGCUCUGAUGCGGGUUAUUACAUCUGCCAAGCCCUCACUGUAGCAGGCAGCAUCAUGGCCAAAGCCCAGCUUGAGGUUGCAGAUGCCCUUAAAGACCGCCCACCACCAAUCAUUCGGCAGGGCCCAUCCAACCAAACGCAGGCGUUGGGAGGUGUGGCCCUACUCAGUUGUCUGGCAUCAGGGGACCCAGAGCCCACGGUCACCUGGCGAAAGAAUGGGGCCAGUCUUCUUGGAAAGGACCCUCGCUUUUCCCUACUGGAGCAUGGCAGCCUUCAGAUCCAGAGUACUAAGCUGUCUGAUUUGGGGUUGUACACCUGUGUUGCCACCAGCUCCAGUGGAGAAACAUCAUGGAGUGCCUACUUGGAUGUUAGAGAUUCCCCUGACCUCAUAGACUUCAUGUCUCACAACGCGUCCGCCCUCCCAGGGCCGCCCUCCAAGCCAGAGGUCACUGAUGUCACCAAGAGCAGUAUCUCGUUGUCAUGGGAACCAGGGCCAGAGGCGGGCUCCCCCGUGUCGUCCUAUGUCAUCGAGGCCUUUGGUCAGUCAGUGAGUAACAGCUGGCAGACAGUGGCGGACCACGUUAAGACCACCGAGUUCACAGUCACUGACCUCCGACCCAAUACUGUCUACCUGUUCAUCAUCAGGGCGGUAAAUGCUCAAGGGCUCGGGGACCCUAGCCCCAUGUCUGAGCCGGUCCGGACCCAAGACAUAAGUCCCACAGCACAGGGAGUGGACCAUCGCCGUGUGCAGAAGGAGUUAGGGGAUGUGGUGGUCAGCAUGCAUAACCCUGUGGUUCUUAGCUCCACCUCUGUGCAGGUUACAUGGACUGUGGAGAAUCCAUCGCAGUUUAUUCAAGGCUACCGGGUUCUGUACCGGCAGACGUCAGGUCUACCCUCCCCAGGGCCGUGGCAGAUAGAGGACCUGAAGGUCGCCUCGGAGAGGGACAUAACUCUCUCAGGUCUGAAGAAAGGCAUCGUGUAUGAGAUUAAAGUGCGGCCAUACUUCAAUGAGUUCCAGGGUGCAGACAGUGAAUCCAUGACGGCACGCACCAUGGAAGAAGCACCUGGAGCACCUCCACAGCAAGUGACAGUGUUGACAGUCGGGAGCCAUAACAGCACAUCCAUCAGCGUGUCAUGGGACCCUCCCCCCUCUGAUGAGCAGAAUGGCAUCAUCCAGGAGUACAAGAUCUGGUGUCUGGCCAACGAAACCCGCUUUCACGUCAAUAAGUCUGUGGACGCAACCAUCCGAUCAGUGGUGGUCGGGGGGCUGCAGGCUGGGGUGCAGUACCACGUGGAGGUGGCUGCAGGCACCAGCGCAGGGGUGGGGGUCAAGAGCAAACCCCAGCUCAUCAUCUUGGGUGCAGAGCUGAGAGACAUAAUGACGGGAUCAGAGGGCAACAACAGCAUCUCAGACGUGGUCAAGCAGCCGGCCUUCAUCGCCGGGUUAGGAGGCGCCUGCUGGAUCGUCCUCAUGGGCUUCAGCGCCUGGCUGUACUGGAGGAGGAAAAAGAGGAAGGGACUCAGCAACUAUGCAGUUCAGUCCUUCACCUUUACCCGUGCAGUUACAUUCCAAAGAGACAGAGGCCUGAUCAGAAACGGAAGCCGCCCAGGGUUGCUGAAAGCAGGCGACCAAGGUCUACCCUGGUUGGCUGACUCGUGGCCCUCCACCAGCCUCCCGGCAAACGGCGGCUUAGGGAGUCCAAAGGGCGGUAGCAACUUUGGCCGAGGAGAUGUUUUACCGUCCGCGGCAGUGGAGAAAACGGGCACCAUGCUGUCUGAUGGUGCCAUCUACAGCAGUAUUGACUUCAUGGGGAAGGCAGGCUACAGCAGCCCGGCACGAGUCAGCCAGCCCACCCCCUACGCCACCACGCAGAUACUCCAGUCCAACAGCUUCCACGAGCUGGCUGUGGACAGGCCAGAUCCCCGCUGGAAGGCAUCCCUGCAGGCCCAGCAGGAGAUGGCAAACCUGGGCUACUCGCUAACGGACAGACGCCCUGGCAGUGGUGCAAAGGUCGGGAAGAAAAAGAAGGUGAAGGGUGGAACAAAGGGCUCUAAAUCAAACGGGACAUGUUGGGCGAACAUUCCCCUGCCUCCACCACCCAUGCACCCUCUUCCUGGUACUGAGGUUGACCUUGACCGCUACCCUCAGGAGAACCACGGAGGAGGGUAUGACAGCAACAGUUGGGCCCCUCCCAUGUCUGUCCAGACCUACCGCCAUCAGAAUUUGGACAAUGACGUCGAAGAGGAGAGAGGUCCCACUCCUCCUCUGAGAGGACGAUCCUCCUCGCCAGGAGCUGCUACCUUCGGCCAACCGUCAUCUUCCUCUCUCAGCUCUGCCCACCAUGAGGAAAUGCAGUCCAUUCUGCAGGCCCACUUGGAUGAGCUGACAAGGGCUUACCAAUAUGAGGUGGCCAAGCAGGCAUGGCACAUGAAGAGCAGUCCAAGUGUGUCCACCACCCCUAUCCCUCCCAUGGACUUCAUGUCUGGUACUCUGGGCUCGGAUUUGGGAGCCACACUGCUUUCUGAAGAAGACGAGGAGGAGGACAGAUACGCUGUUGUGUCAAAGAAUCUGUGUGGCUUUGAAUACACACCCGGUCACAGUGUGGAUAACCUGGAGGGCUCAGGUAAAAGCUCCCAGCAAUGUCGCCCAGAAGGCUCUGGCCCUGCAGACCACGGUGCAGCAGGUACACAUAGCCUUGGCCACAAGAGGGCCCCACUGACUGGCCUCAAACCCCAGACAGACAAGGUCGGGACCCUUCCCAGAAGGAGAGACACCAACACAGACACAGCCCACACACCGGUCAUGAAGCCCCUGCACACUGUGGGUUCCCGAAUGCACAGCUCGUGGGCAGCUGCAGCCUCGGACCCCUCGGAGGAGUGCAUGGUGACCGUGUCGACCCUGGAGCGGCAGCAUAUGGCUUCCUGGAGCGGCACUACAACAUCCAACAGGGCCACCCUGAGCAGGGGCUCCCACAAGAGACCUGGCACAGAUCCCAUCCACAACGGGCAUCCUGCAACAAAUAGCACAGAGAAACGGGAACACUAGUCUUUUCUGAGGCAUCAUUCCCUGCAGUUGCUGCCUGCCUGUCCCGGGACACCUUGUUUGUAAGCGCUAUGAGAUUUUCUCUCUGCUAGUGACACAGAAUGAUUUUUUUUCCGGAAGACGGAGAGGCGACAGAAGGAAGACGGAGCAACCUCGUGCGAGCGAAGAUGCAGAGCUGUAAAUGUCAUGUACAGACACAGACACCAGUCUCACAGUGUUAUUUUCAUCCCCCUCUUCAAAAGAGUAAACAGUAUGUUAUAUGUCCGCUUCUAUUUUCCGUCACAUGGUGUAAAAAGAUUCACACGGUGGAGAUGAGGAAGAAAAAUCACAAUGAAACUACUAAGACUAAGGACGAAGAAAAAGGACUUGCAUAAUUUGUAAAUAUAUUUUUUAAUGUUUCUCUCUUUUUCUUUUGCUUUGCUAUGCAAGCCAAACCCAAUGUUGUCUCUUUUGUGAUUUAUUACUGUGAAUCAUUUUUCAUCAAUGCUCAAACUGUUAGCUUAUUUUGAUGAAGCUACUGUAUUGUUGUACUUUGCACAGAGCAUUUUGGUAAAAAAAAAAAAAAAUAAGCACAAACCCAUUGUCAGCUGAGCUGAGGAGGAGAAUCAUAAUAAUGGCAAAGAGGGACGUCUAUGUUAAAACAGAACCUAAACAGAAGAUAUAUACUUGGCUGUGAUGUUAAUGAAUGAGACUUACUCUUACAAUAUACGGAGAGUUACGAGGAGAAACACAGUGAAAUACUUGAUAAUAAAUGAUAUGCCAAUAUAACUCAUAUCUUAUUAUGCAUUAUGAUAACAGUUGUUUUCAGCAAAUGGUUACCAGAACAUUAUUACUGUAACAAAGCAACACAUAAGUUGUGAUAUCCAAAGCAAACAAAAAGAAAAGUGGUGUCACUUCUCUGCAAUUCCCAUUCUAUGUGAAUACAAAUGUCUAUAUAUUCUUUUUUCAAAUGACAUGACGUGACAUAAACCAGUGCAAUAUUGAAAGGUCAAUAUGUCCGUAACGAGUAAUGUCAGUGAAUGACUUAGACAAAAUUGACCUGCAGCGUUUGAUGGGAACUAUUUAUGAUGUUGGACAUCAAAGAAAUGCAACUAGAUGUGUUCCUAUGUGUUACACUGUUUAUCGGUUAGGAAUUUACACUAUCACCUUACUAAGUUGUGUAGACUUGAACAACUGCCAAAUUUGAAAAAUAUUUUUAGAAAUCUUUUCCACUUUAAAAAAUUGCAGCUAAUUAGCGUUUUCUGCCAAUGAGAUUCACGCUGCGAUGUCUUUACACUUGUUUGGAUGGUUUUGUUCUGAUUGUUGUUCUGGUACUGGCUCUCCCAUACGAAGAAUCUUUACCUGCCAGAUUGGUUUUUUGCCCUCAGGAAUACACAGCCACAUUCAAUUGGGCCAUUUUUUUCAAUCCUUUAAAGCAAAAUAAAAUGUGUAUGUGAAAACAA